CAAUUCAAGGAAACGCUGAUGAACACGAGCUGCUGCUGUCACAGAAAGAUGUAUCGUUUGUGAUUAGAGGACCUGAAGUGGAAUAGACUAAGGAUGGCUCUUGAGCAGCUGAAUGAAUUGGUCCAGAGAUGUCGGGAUGUUGUCCAGGACGAUGGUUUCAAACCAGAGGACUACGAGCUGUUCCUGAGUGCCGGACAGGCCUGCAUUGAGCAGGGAGAAGGAGGGAAGCUGCUGGACAUCGUCAAAGAUGAGAAGAACAUGGCUAUUGUGAGGAGUAUGGGCUGGAAUCUGCUGGGACCUCUGGUGCAGGUUCUCCUGAAGAAGGAGGAGAAGAGUCUUCCUCACUGCCUGGCCAUCCUCACACACAUACUGGAGGUGUGCAGUGCCAAGGAGCUGCUGGUUGGCUUGUUGGAGCAGGUGGAGGAGGCCCGCAUAGAUGCCAUUGCAGACACAAUCUGUCUCCUUCUUACACCCCUACAGACAGUGCUGCUGAAGUUGGGGGGGAAGAAGGCCUCGUCGGUGGGCAUGGCGCUGUCCACCCUGCUGACCCAGAUGUCCCGGCUGCCGGUGCCGUACACUGAGGAGCAGGAGGAGGAGGACGCCCAUGGGCUGUGCCGCUGCUGCACGGCCCUGCUGGGGUUCGUGGGCCCCUUCGUGGAGGAGGUGGAGCGUGACCUGGCGAGCGCCUCCGCCCCGGACGACGAGCUGAGGGCGGAGCUCCUCAAGUUCUGUAUGAAGAGCCUGGGUGAGCCACUCCUGCAGGCACAGCUGAAGAACGUUCUGGAGACACACGAAAACUCCCCCCUCAGACACUUUGCCAUGGAGGUCAUGGGCAUCUUGUCACGGAUCGGGGAGUCCCUCCCUGACCUCGUCUUCCGUCACCUGCUGAAAAAGAAGGAGGAACCGGGCUUCCUGGAGGAGGAUGCCAGGUACCCCAAAGAGUCCCUGGCCUGCCUGGCUUACCUGCUUUUCGUCCAGCACAUCUCCAUGGAGAAGUUUCCUGCCACCUUCAGUCCUGUGUUUGUCCUUCAUUGCAAUAUGGAGCACAUCAACCUUUUCUUGAGCAAGACAGAGGAGUCACGCCUGCUUAAGGGACUGGACUUGUAUGAGAAGAGUCUCGUGAGAGUGGAGGAUAACAGCCUCCCAGUGGACCUGCUGGAACUGAAGGUUUUUUUCAGUGUCCCACAGAACUUGGUGAAAGUAAUGACUUUGUGUCCAAUACAGCAUUUGAGAACAAAAGGGCUUGCCGUGUUCCAGCUGAGCAUAGAUAAAUUUGACAUGGAGGCCAAGUACAAAUUUUUCAAGUGCAUGUUGAAGACCAGUAACCACGCUGGAGUGGAAGGCUACAUAAUUAAGAACAUCAGAAAUCAAAUCGAUUUUGCACUGAAGCCAGGGAAUGGGAACCCCUGGUUUUUGGGGACCCACCUGCUGCCCCUGCUGCGCCUGGUGCUUUGCCUGCCCCAGGGGCCUGAGACAGAUCUCCUGCAGGGCCUGGACAGAGUCAUGGAGUCUCUCAACCUGCUGCGGUACCUGCUGAUCAGGGACAAAGAGUGGGAGAACGAGACAGGGAUAUGGACCGAGCUCUACAAGAUCGAGGACUACUACCUGAAGCCUCUGCGCGUAGGCCUCAACAUGUCCAAGGCACACUACGAAGCUGAGCUGAAGAGCACCAAGGAGAACAGAAGGGUCAAAGCAAAGGAAUCCAAAGCAACCUCUCCUGUCUGCAACGUGACAGUAGGGACCGAGACGUUGCCCAACAUGACACCUGAAAUGCAGAUUCAGGUGCUGAACUCUGCGCUGUGCACGUUUGACCUGAUCGAGAGCGUCCUGGUCCGCAUCGAGGAAAUCGUCGAGGUGAAGGCAUGAGCCUGCAACCUGGAGGAAAACUGGGUCAAUCAUUGCAUUAGUGUCACCCCCCCCC